UAGGGGUUAGGGGGCAAAAAAAUCUCACGACACAUACCAUACUUCUCAGGAGUUACUUCAAGUACUGUAAUAAGCAAAAUAUUAAAUAAUAUGCCCUCUAGGAACAACUGCCACUCACAAAGGAAACUGAAUCACCCAUAUCUUCACAUGUGAAGAAAGGGUUCUACCCCUGAUGCAAGGAAGACUGGGCUUGUACAACGGAAUAUAAAAAUCCCUGUUCUGCAAAUUGUUCACUUUCUCAUCAAAUAUACUUUUUAACAUACGCAUAGAUUAAUACCAGCAACGAACAUUUGGCCGUUCGUAGCAAUGGGAGCCAUCGAAUCAGUGUUUGCUUUCCUGUGAGGUGUCACGUUGGCAAUCGUAGAUAACUUGACGGUUUUUAUUGUAUGAUGAUUAAGUUGAACGUUACAGUCUGUAAAACAGAAUGUAAAGUGACUUAACUAUAAAUGCUGUGUCUCCAUGUAGUUAUCUGUGGUAUCUACAAAGCAGUUAAAAAUGAUACAGAAAGGGCUUUUAACCCAAUAUAUUCAUAUAGCGGCAGUUGUAGCUUCUUAUUGGAUCAUAUCCAUAUUGACUGUGUUUGUGAACAAGGCACUUCUGAGCAGUCAGACUGUCGGCCUCGAUGCCCCUUUGUUUGUGACUUGGUACCAGUGUGUCGUUUCGGCAGCAAUAUGUUUUACACUAAGUAUGCUGACAAAGUUAUUUCCUCGAACUUUCACAUUUCCAGAAGGUUCACCUUUGAAACGUGAAGUGGCAGCAAAGGUGCUUCCACUGUCAAUCUUGUUCACGGGAACCAUAGCAUUCAACAACUUAUCCCUUAAGUAUGUAGAUGUUGCAUUCUACUAUAUAGGACGCUCCUUAACAACAGUUUUUAAUGUUAUAUUAACAUAUUUAAUAUUAGGCCAGAAGACUUCACCCCAAACAAUAAUGUGCUGUGCUGUAAUUGUUGGCGGAUUCUGGCUUGGUGUUGACCAAGAAAAUGUGGCAGGUUCCUUGUCCAUAGCAGGCACAGUUUUUGGAGUUCUGGGCUCACUGGCCCUUUCCAUGUAUUCCAUCUACACAAAACGUGUACUGCCACAUGUUAACCAACACAUCUGGUUACUGUCCUACUACAACAACGUAUACAGCUGCCUUCUGUUUCUGCCCUUGAUUGCCAUCAAUAAGGAAAUACCUGUGAUACUGAACUAUGAGAAGUUGGCAGAUGCCAAGUUCUGGCUAUUCAUGACUGGGGGGGGUUUAUGUGGCUUUGCUAUAGGCUUUGUCACUGCUCUGCAAAUUCAGGUGACUUCCCCAUUGACACACAAUAUUUCUGGUACGGCUAAGGCGUGUGUGCAGACAGUGUUGGCAACCUAUUGGUUUAGCGAGACAAAGUCACUGCUGUGGUGGUUUUCCAACUGGGUAGUGCUAGGUGGCAGCACAGCUUAUGCCCGCGUAAGACAAAAGGAGAUGGAAUACCAGCAGAGGCCCGAAAAAUUACAGGAAACCCGUGUGUGAAUAUUUUGCUGCUGUUGCUACCAGUGAAUCUUCAUGCAGCAUACUAAAACUCUAAUUUGUAUGGAACAAGGAAUAAACAUUUCUCAUUUCUUCUUAUCCUACCAUGUGAAUAACCCACAACAAUUAAAAUAUUGUAAUAGAAACGUGAAAACAGAAUGGAGCUUUGUUUUGGUCAGUGUCUCUUUUGUGGAAACAAACUGAAGGCUGACAUACAUAAUCAUAGAACUCAUAAUUAUUCAUUUAUUUCCACAUAGAAAGUAUAUGGUGCUUCAUCAUGCAACUUUUCCAUAAGAAUUACUAAAUAAAUAGUACAUAUAUGUGUAUAUAACUUUUUAUAAUAUCAAGUUCAUAUUUAAUAAAGUCAUUUUAUUUAA